UCAUUUUGUUACGAAGUCUCCAAUUAAACUGAAUUGUCGAGUGAUAGUGUAGUUGACGUAGCUGAUAAGGGUAUCUUGUGUACUGAAGUUACAUAUCUUAUAUAGUCAUAUAACUGGAAUAACUCCUAUACGGUGGUAAAUUCCAAUUUAGGAAUCAAUAUUCUUUUUUCAAAAAUCAAGCCAUAAUAAUUAGAUGUUCCGCAGUAUAGUGAAAGAAAAUGGACGUCGCUAACUCAGCACCCCGUGGUAUGGUGGUCACCCCACACCAUCUGGCCACACAGAGCGCAGUAAAGAUAUUGAGAAGUGGUGGUACUGCUAUGGAAGCUGCCGUCUCUGCAGCGGCCACUAUCGCCGUCGUUUACCCCCACAUGAACAGUAUCGGUGGUGAUGGCUUCUGGUUGAUAGUUCCACCACAUGGUGAACCAUUCGCAAUCGAAGCAUGCGGAGCGGCAGGCAGCUUAGCAGAUUUUGAUUUUUUUAAUGGUUUAAAGGAAAUACCCAGGUCCGGACCCAAAUCUGCCAUAACAGUGGCGGGCACAGUUGGUGGUUGGGAGGAAGCUUUGAAAUACGUCUCCGAAUGCGGCUAUCAGAGAAUAUCUGUCUCGAAACUUCUAGAAGACGCUAUUUAUUACGCAGAAUAUGGCUUCCCCGUAUCGACAUCUCAUGAAACAAAUCUAAAAGAUUUAAUCGGUAAGACAACUCCGUCAAAACGUUUCCAAUACACCUAUUUGCCUAAUGGCAAAGUACCGAAAGUAGGCGAAAGGUUCUGUCAAAAAAUUUUAGCGGCAACAUUGAAAGAACUUUCAUUGAACGGCCUAAAUAGUUUCUAUAAAGGUGAAUUGGCAAAAUUAAUUGCGCAAGAUAUGUCGGACAUGGGUAUGCCCAUAACGGAAUCCGAUUUGGCGAAUUACGCCCCCGUUAGGCGUAACCCUCUAUGUUUACAACAUGAACACGGUGAAAUUUUCAACCUUCCUCCGCCGACACAGGGAUUAGUUUCGCUCUCGAUUCUGGCGAUCUUGGACAGACUACGCGUCGACGGUCGAAAUGAAGCACAAUUUAUUCACAACGUAGUCGAAGCAACAAAACAGGCAUUCGUAGUACGCGAUCGCUACAUAACGGACCCGUCUUGUAUGAAAGUGGACCCUCAAUCUCUGUUGGCUGGCCAUGCAAUUACUGAAAUGGCACACAUCAUAAAACCAGAUCGUGCGUCGAACGAAGGUAAAGGUAAAGGCCCAGGUGACACGAUUUGGUUAGGUGUAAUGGACGCUAAAGGCUUCUCUGUUUCGUUUAUUCAAAGUAUUUACUAUAACUUUGGAAGUGGUGUUGUUCUCCCUAGGACGGGUAUUUUAUGGCAUAACCGGGGGGUUGCCUUUAGUUUGGAGAAAAAUCACAUUUUAUCACUGAUGCCUGGAAAGAAACCGUUCCAUACGUUAAACCCUGCUGCAGCACGUUUAAACGAUGGCAGAAUUAUGGUAUACGGUACUAGAGGGGGAGAUGGUCAAUCGCAAACUCAAGCUGCCAUCUUCCACAGAUAUGUGGUACAAGGUUUUGGUUUGCAAAAGUCUAUAUCUGCACCAAGAUGGAUCUACGGAUCAACGAAUGGCGAUCGCAAUGAUAUUUUACAUUUAGAAGACAGAUUUACCAAAGAAAUUGUAGAUGAUUUAAAGAAAAAAGGUCAUGAAAUUGUUAUGCUUCCACCGUACAGUGAGACUGUGGGCCAAGCUGGUGCAUUAGUCAGGCACUCAAAUGGAAAUCUGGAAGGUGCUUUUGAUCCACGCAGUGAUGGUAGUGCUGCUGGGUUUUAGGUUAAUUACUUCUUUAUUAUUUUUAAAUACUUUACUAUUUGAAUUUGGCUUGAUUUGCUAUGCCAAAGUCAGAACUCGAAGCAAUCACAAUAUCUUAGUGUAAGAAAAAAGUUAUUUAGCUAAAUAUAAGUUAAAAUUGUAAUAAUAUUUUACUACAGUAAAUUAAUUAAGAACGGCUCACGUAUGAUUGUCCGGUGAU